AUGGUUUUAACAAGUUUUAACGAUAAUAUUUCGGACACUAAAUAUGUUUUCAAAAGAAAGGCUGGUAGAAGUAUUAUAGAACGUCGUCCCAUAUUUUCUCCAGAUGGCGAACAUGUACUGCUUAUAGUAGAAAACAUAGUCAGGGUAUACAAUAUCCAAACUGGCGACUGUACUCGGACUCUAGAAACUGAGACUUCAAUUCAAGAACUAAUUUCUGUGCAGUUCCUAGAAAAUGAAGAUUAUAACCUAUAUGGAUGUUCUGACAAAGGCUGUGUCACUAUUUGGACUUGGGAAAAAGGUGCUGUACUGAGAGAAAUUACUCUCCAAAUCCCUAAUGAAUUAAAAAUAUUGACGUUUGACUUACUAGACAGUGAUGAAUGUUUUAUAACUGCAGUUGACCCUUCAAGCAAACAUGUUUUCCUUGCAACCUACUCUGUGAAAUCAGGUGGUUUACUUUAUGAGUAUAGACAGACUAAACCUUUAUAUUUUGACAUAAUAAGAGUUGCUCUUGGUUGGUGCAAUGGCGAUAGAUUUGCAGCAAUAACAAAUGGUACCAAAGUACUUUUCAUACAGAAUUUAAAUCAGCCACAUUUAAGAACCGAAAUCAUGAAUCACAAUAAGUUCAGAAUACUAUCUGUAGCUGCUCACCAUAAAGACAAUGCUGUUGCCAUAACAGAUACAUUUGGGCGGGUGACACCUAGCCUAGCACCAUGGCCCAGCCAAAAUUUGUUGUUAACAGUGGUAGUGGCAAAUGCUCAGCUGCGGGUAGUGUCAACCCUACUGGAGUGCGGUGGGCUGUCACCUGUAGUGUCAACCCUACUGGAGUGCGGUGGGCUGUCACCUGUAGCGAGGGCGAUUAACGCCGCACUUGUUUACCAUCGACCCCUCGACGCACUCCUGAUGGGAGGGAGGAGUGGCCACCUACAGCUGUACUCUACCGCAUCUGAUAAAGUGCUUUACAAUAACAACUGCGGCAAUUUUAUUAGAAGAACAGCAUGCUGCAGCGUGGUCUCCCUCGCGGCCAACUUCAGGGGCGAGUUCUGCGUGUCGGCUGGCAGGGACCAGAAGAUCCGCAUAUGGCGGCGGGAGAACACCGUGCUGCAGCACCGGAAGAGGGUCACGUGGAGCUGCAUGACCGCCUGCUACUACUCGUCCGGCAGCGCCCACCAGCUGUCGCACGGGAUCCUCAACGAUUUCAAGGUCGGCGACAGGCCUGCCGGCGACCGGGUGGAGAGCAUGCCCUAUCUGAAGCGGGCGAGCCGCGACGACGUGGUGACGAAGAUUUUCAACAUGCACAAGGGCGCCCUCGUCGACGGCCAAGCCCUCGAUCGGGGCAUGAACAGCGACGAGGAGAUGGAUAUGGGCGGCGUGGCGAUAUCCCAGGACGGAUCCCUGAUCGCCGCCUGGUUCGGCUGCAAACUGACCCUGUGGGACACGCACCUGAGCAGCUUGAGGAGCGCCCUGUCGCAUCCGUCACUCCGGCCGAAGGGCUUACAAGUACAAUUCGGCACCAACGACGCCGCGCAUUACCUUGUAUGCACGACGGAAAAAUGCCUGGCUGUUUGGAGUUUGUUAUCUUUAACUAUCAAAUGGUAUGUUCAACUAAACCCUACGUGUCUCGCCGCUGAUCCGUCCACAAACAAAAUGGCCGUCGUGACCGACAACAACGAUGUAUAUAUCUUCACCCCUCACAGUUCCACGCCAUUGAUGGUGCACAAAUGCGUUUUGGAUCCCCGCACUGGAAUUUUUAAGCAGUGCACCUUUGUAGCUUCCUCGAAGGAUGCUAUUCGACUUUACGUCAUGAGGAACGACUCUGAGAUCUUCUGCUUGGAGCCCGCCCAGGCGGAGCAGGGCAGGCUGGAGGCGGUCUCGGGCCGUGCGCCGAGCACGAAGUUCGGCGCGCUGCUCGCCGAGCAGAUCGUGUCCGAAGUGCGCGCCGCUCGCCCCACCUCUUUGGACCCCGACCUCUUCUAUCGCGGCGGUGACGUCCUCGCGCAGUUUCUAUCUGCCGCACCACACAUGAUGCCUCCGAUGAGUCUUCUAUGCACCCCCAUUCUGGAACACAUUUCGGGUCAGAGGCAAACAGAACACGUUGAUGACGAAAGAGACUACGACAAACACGAGAUUGAAAGUCAGUCGAGCGACGGUGAAGAUGACGUUAUAACGAAGACGGACAAUUCUCCCGCGCCCCAAAUUUCUGAACUAUGGACACCGAACUACGAGGAAGUAAAAGAAAAGCGACUAAAGAAAAUACUAAAAGAACCUUUCCUCGAUUUACAAACAACAGCAUCAAUGUUUGCA